AUGCCGAGGCGCCAGACGUACACGGUCUGCAGCGGCUGCAGCAACUGGGUGUAUGAUUGGAAGCUGCAGCGCACGGGAGGCUGGUGCAACAAGUGCAACGACUACCUCAGCGGAUGGAGUGAGCAGCCGCCGUCUGCGGGCCGCAGCCAGCGAGGGGAUGGCAAACCCCCGUGGGCAAAGCAGCCAGUCACUUCGCCCGCGGACGAGCUGCAACACAUCAUCAACAAGUUCCAGCUGGGGAAGGGCGCCUACGCCACAGCCAAGGCCAUGGUCGACCUUGGCCCGCUGCAGGCGCUCCAGGCCCAGCUCACAGCCAAGGCGCCGACGCCAGCGGAGAUCCCGAAGGCAAAGGCGCUCAGGCAGGCGAUCGGCAACUUGGACCAGAAGAAGGCGGCGCUGGCGAAGGCGACGAGCCAACUCGCGGAGGCGGAGCGCAGUCUCGGCGUCGCCACGGAGAGGCACAACAAGGCGCUGGAGGAGGCAGCUGACGCGGAGGAGGAGCACGAGGCAGUCCUGCGGGCGUACUCCAGCGAGGCCAUCCCCUCACAGGACGAGGCUUCGGCUACGGAGUGGAAGGCGCCCGAGGUGGAUCCCACGCUCUUCGACAACCUGGACGACUUCGAGCCAGAGGAUAAGAAGAAGCUACUCAAGUUCAAGUCGGAUCUGUCGUCCCUCGCGAAGCUGCUGGAGAGCGCCCAGAAGCAGUACACGGAGUUCACGGAGCUUAAGAAGCAGGCGGACGCCAUCCACGCUUCCCACAAGGCGAAGAAGCGGAAGGCGAACACAGGCGAAGAGGCACCAGCAGCUGCACCUCCACCAGCAACUGACGACGACUCCAAGGCAACCGCUGGCUCUGAGGCGGACAAGCAGCCGUCAGAGGAGGAGGUGCAGCAGCGCAAGGACAGACUGGAGAGGAGCCUGCUCAAGCUGAAGGCGCUGCUGCUGCUGGUGGCCAUCGCCUUUAGCAAGGUGUUCUUCUCGAACAUCACGCAAUGGGGCCCCAAGGCCCACAAGUUCAUCAACGAGCAGGGCAACGACAUGGACAUAAUCAUGAUGUGCGAGACGCACUUGGCGCAGGAUCAGAUGAAGCAGGUGAAGGUGGACGUGGCGAAGGACGGCUGGAAGUCGGCGGGCACAGCGGCGGUGCCCACGAAGCGCUCGGCGAACGGGACCUCGGGAGGUGAGCUCAUCCUGGUCAAGUCUCACAUCGCCUGCUCCACCUACGACACCAUCAGAGAGAGGCUGCAGAAUGACGGGAAGAAGGACCCCUUCUACGGCUUCACGGCGGUGAAUCUCCACACCAAGGCGGGCAACGUGGUCUUGGUCACAGCAUAUUGGUUACCAGGAGCUGGUCUGCACGGACCCAACCGAGAGAGGGUCAGAGCGCUGGCAGGAUUCGUGAAGGCGCUGGCGGACCCGUGGGUGGUCUUGGCGGACUGGAACGUCACCUUCGCGGACAUUGACGUGGAGGUCACCUGCGACAAGGGGAAGGGCAGCCUGAUCGACUACGGCAUCGCAAGGAAGGACUUCGCGCACAAGGUCAAGCUGGAGGCAGUCCGCACGGAGCAGGCCAUGAUCGAAGAAGCGGAGUCAGAGAAGAAGGUUAAGGACUUCUACAUCACAGAUGGGACUUGGACGGCGGCGGUGGCGAUGGAGCUCCAGUCAUGGGACGACAAGCUCAUCAUCCGAGACGUCAGGCACCGCGAGGCAGAGGCAGCAGCGACGAGGAUGUACGGCGACUGGGUCACCUGUCUGGAGGAGGCGGCGAUCCUCACGGAUGAGAUCGACGAGGAGGAGGCCGAGCACUACAGAGGACGGGCUUCGGGCUUCGAGGUCAAGUGGGUCAAGGCGCGUUCGACACCAGGUCGCACCCACAUGAAGUUCGGUCCAGCGGAGCAGUGGGGCAUCCUCAACGCCAUCCUCAUCAGGUACCAGGCGCUGUACACCAACGGCACCGACGGCAGGCAGCAGGCAAAGUGCUUGGUGGAGGCAAAGGCGCAGGGCAAGGUCCUCCAGCAGAUGGAUCAGAGCCAGGUCUUUGGCAGGAAGCACGGCACUGCACAGCAGCAGAUGUUCUACGAUAUACUGGACGACCUGGCGGACUUGGAUGAGGGGCAGCUCGGCAACUUAGUCAUGCAGGCAGAGGGCCACCUCGCCACUGCGCAGGCGCGUGGCUUCACG